AUGUCCUAUGUACAGUUUGACAGACAGCGAAACGAUGUCGACGAAACCCCUAGGAAGCGCUGUCGUCGGUCCAAUGCCCAACAGGAAAUGAAAUAUAUACGAGCCACUGGACUCGCUGCAGACAUAGUGGAACUGACGCAGUCACUAAGACAGCUUUCUUCUGGAUCUGUCAGUGUAAUUAAAGAGGAUUAUCCACCAUGUCAGUUCAAAGUAUGCUUUCAACGUGCGUCAGAUUCUUACGAGGCUCUGGUUGAAACAGCAGGAGAAGCUGUGUGUGAAGGACUGAGGAAUCUUGGUAAUCACAAUGCGAAGUAUGAGUGCAGUCAAGAGGAAACAGCUUUGCGGUACUUGAAUAAUGGAACUAGUGGGGGAAUAGUGGAAGAGUGCUUUUUAUAUUUAAAAAGCGAGGACAUUUGGGAAUAUAAUGGAGACAAUUGGACUGAAACAUUUGAAAGGUCUUUGAGAAAUUGUCGAUCAUCGACCACUUAUGGCUGCAGUGUCAGAACUGUUGGAGUUGAUGCAAUUUUCGAUUUCCGGCUAUUCUGCAUCUUCUCAGACAAUCGCAAAUAA